GAAUCGGAUGAGGAAUUAGAUGAACGAUCGCGGGUGUUGCACGUAAUCGCCGGCAUUUUGUGUACGUUCGAACAGAGAGACUUCAAAUCCAUGAACAGAAGAAGGAUAGGGACGAGAGAACCGCAUCAUCGUCGCUUCGGUACGGAGGAGGAGAGGACAGAUCGCUCGGAAGUGUUCUCCUGCCAGCAGAGCCGAUUGGAUAACAAUAAUGUCGUGCGGUGGAUGAAGGCGCGGCGGAGGUUGAGGGGGAAGAGAGGCGCGAGAUGUACGGACGUCAGGAUAAUUCGGGCGACGGUAGCUCGAGCCAGGUGCCACCGUGGCUCGUGCGCGCCGAAGUCACGAUUCGCCACGGCGACGCGGUGACCUCCGAGACCGUGCGAAUGCCUCCGGGUACCACCACCACUACUGAUGCGGGCGGCAUCCGCAUGAUAUGCCGUUGGAACACGAGCGAGCCCAACUCGACGUCGACGCCGACGCCGACUACGUCCAAUGCGUUCCUGUCGGGUAGUACCGCCGGCGGCUUCGGCUUUCAACGGGGCAAUAUACUUUUCACGUCCACACCUCCCGAGAGACCGUCUCAGAAGUCAUCAAGCGGGUCAUACACUCUGCCUCGUUCGGGCUCGUCUGGCAAUGACGACUCCAUCUCGUCCAGAGGCCGAGCGAACGUUUCCGAUUCCGGCUACAACAGCGAACAGUUCUCAUCGCAUACGUAUUCGACUUUGCCUGCACGACUCUCGUCCCAAGAGUACAAUCGUCGAUGUAAGAGCACGUGCAGAAUCGUGCUUUCCACCGCGGGCGCGGAUAAACUGAAUUCCGAGAAAGCCACGUCCGCCGAAUUCUCGAAGAUCACCCCGUCCGUCGAUCAGUGGCACCGUCGACCCUCGCACCAACACAUCUUUUCGCGCCAUCAAUUCAGCACGGUCCCGGAGGUCUGCGAGGAUUGUGCGGAAGGAAGCGCGUCGAGUGCCUUCACCACGCACUUUUGUACUCGCGUCGCGGAAAAGACUACGAAUAGUAGCAGGUCCACCGCGAUAAGCAAGGACGCGGCAUCGCAAACCACCGACAUUGAAUCGGUCCGCUCGUCGUCGACUGUGAACAGCAGCAGAAUUCGGAGGAAAUCUGGCACUGGUGCUUACCAACGUAGCGAGCAGAAACAGGAGCAGGAAAUCAGAUCGCCCCCGGCGUCAACUGAGAAUACCAGUACCGGUCCUCCGGCUGAUCCAGAGAAAUCGGACUCAUCCGCAAAAGAAGACAGCAGUAAACGCAAGUCGCGGACGGUACAUAUUGACGUGUACUGUACAGGAUCCGAUGACGACGUCAGCACAGAUACGAUCAGCGAGGAUGAACGCAGCACGCCCAUGACCGUCUUCGAGAACGAGAACGUCAAAGUCACUCACACUCAAGCGACGGACGACUUGCCACGAGGAUUCCAAGACGCAAACGCAUUUCUGAAGCGUAGCGCCGAACGACGAUGCGCGAGUUUCAGAAACGCGCCGAUGAGGAUGCCUUCGUUGGCCAGCUCGAAGGGAUACGACAGCGACGAGGUUUUGAGUUCCCUUUACCCCUCGCGAUUCAGCUCAUACAGCGGGAUACGGGACCUCGAUUCCGUUCCAUGGUCCGCGGUGUCAUCCAGCACGGCUCUUUCACCAUGCGAUUAUGAUUCAACCAUGACGUCGUCGAAGGACACAUUUUCCGAUAUUGAGUCUCUGAUCAAUAAUAAAUCUGGCUUAACGCCUUGCGACAGCUUUGAAUAUGCUAAUGUCACGGAUCGUGAUAGAAUACGGAAAAUGGAUAUUUUGGCGAAAGCUGGUAAUGAAAGAAACAAAACCUGGCGAUCGCCGCAAAUUGAACGGAAGCAUCUGCUACAGAACAGAAAGAUGAGAGAAUACUUCAAGAAACACGAGAUAACGUGGUCGUCCGGGGAGAGUGCCGAGGAUUCCGACGAGAGCGGAGCAGUCGGUUGGAGUUUUGUAUCCGGCGAUGACAAAUCACGAUUUGUUAAAAGAGAUUCGAUCGUCCGACGUACGAGCAAGGGUCAAAUAGAGGAAUUUAACGCGACUAAUUUAAGCUCGGAGCAUAGAAAUGCUCAAGAGGAAUGUUCUCAGUUUGCGACACGCAGAGAUUACGUUCCAUAUACGAAUGUUUUACGCGAUCGUAUCGGUCCGUUCGGAUCGAAGAGCCCGUCUCCCCUUCCUUCGACCAUACCCUCCCGCGUAACGUCUCCCUUCACUACACCGUAUGGAGAAAAAACUGAUCAUAUCGUAAAAGCCUCAAAAUUUGGAGCAGUAAUCAAUGCGUUUCGAAAACCUGGACAUCACAUAGGCCCCUCGAAAAAUCCGACUUGUUCGUGCGAGCAUUGUCGAAGCUACUUCGAGGACGGAGCGAGAGGACGGUCCUCUUCGUUGAGCGAACUUGAACGUCAUCCAGCAUUCAAAUCGCGAAAAGAGUGACACCUGAUUUCAUUAGCUUUUGAGGAUUUUAAACAUAUUAAUUCUUUUUUAGUUUUUACAAGACGACAAACGCUUUCCACUUUAUUUAUGUUGUAAGAUUGUAUGCGUAAAAGAAUUGCGUUCCACUGCAAUCAUGGCGAUUGAGGAUAAUGUAAACUUGUAUAUUGUGAUUUGUGUGCUUUAAUUUAUAUUUCUUAAAGUAUUCCAUAUAUAUUCUAUAUACGUAUAGCUUUUUUAUCUAAAUUAAUUAUUAUGAGGGCUGCUACAUUCUGCUGAAAAUUGAGCAUUUAUAAAAAUUAACAAAGAUGUAUUAUAUUGAUUGCAUCGUCAAUAAAUAUUAUGUCGAAUAUUGUUUGUGUGUCUACAUAUAUGUAUAA